AUGGAGGCGGAAAAGACGAACUUAAGAUUGGAUAUAGACGUUCAGAAGCUUGAAAAUGAGAAGUUAAAGAAAGAGAAAAAAAAGGCUGAGGAAGAGCUGGGUAGUCUGAAGACGGAUUAUAAAAAAAUGCGUUUGUCAAUGAGAACUGCUGGGCUGGGAAAGACUUCAGAACAAUGGCGAGCAGAAAUCCAAGAAGAAAAAGACAAAGCCGAUAGAUGGGAACAGAAAUGUAAGGAGAUGCAGAGACGAAAUGAAGUCUUAGAAAAGAGUUUGUCAGAAAGCCAAAGGGAAAAAGGCGAACUAAAGGAUAGGGUGGCUGUGUUGGAAGGAUGUCUUCGUCAAUAUCGAAAUUGA